AGAAAAAAAAAACAAAGAAAACAAAGAAAACAUCGAAAAAAAGAAAAAGAACGCACCUGGAAACCCCUUUUGCUACAUAUCUGAAGGAAACAUAACGUCUGGAACAUGUCCGCCUCCCGGCGGCGUCACUCUGAACAAUUGCCUUUGCAGCGACCACUGCCGGAUGAAGUGGAACCUAGCGCCAUCCGUCAUGGAGCAGAACAGGCGAAUCAUCGCGUCCAUCGUUCGAACGUUCAGCCGCAGCCACUGAUGCGGACGCGCAGCUCUGCUCAUUUGUUUCUCGGCCAACUGACGGGAACGUGUUCCAGCCUCUUUCGACGCUUGUCUGUUAAAGUGCGUUACUUGUCCCUGUCGCUCAUCCCCGGUUCGUCCGGCUCGCGAUCCAGUUCGGCCACUGGCGCAAUCGGAUCGUCUAGGCCGUCCAGCCCCGGCCAAAGAAAUCGGCCGCGUUCGGCCGACAGGGUCGUCGAAGACGUCGGAGCCGGCCAAAAAAUCCGUCCUCGACGCCACACGACGACCGUCUGCACGACGAUGGACGAGUCUACUCCCGUAGCCAAUCACGGCCCUGUCAGUUCGGGAUUUCUCAACGACUACCGGAGGGCUCGGCGUUCGCCCAGUCCCGGAUCGGACAGCGAAGCCACUCCGACGCCCAGCCCUUGUACGUUUUCCAUGCCGACGGCCACCGUUGAGGACACGGUGUACACGGCUGGCCAGCAACACCUCAGGGCCGACGAUUACCCAACGCUGAAAGGAUCGAGCCGUCGUAGGCGGCGCCACCAUCACCACAGCAGCAGCGGCAGUAACGGCAAUGGUAGCCACAACAACAACAACAACAACAACCAACAUAAUCGACAUCAACGUCAUAACCGGAAGAGUCAGACGGAAGCAUGUACAGGUCGUGCGAGCCCAUUGACGAUGGCGGACGACGACGACGACGACGUCGUUGUUGGUCCGCCGAACAGCUGCGCCGCGGCAGCAGACGACAACGACGACCACCAGUUGUUGAACGAGUCGACUGGAACACCUUUGGCACUGGACCAAUGUUUUGCGCUGGGCCUAAAUUUAACCAGUUUGGCUCCAAAGUCGGCCAAGUCGACGGAUACAUUUUUGGCCGGCGACCAACCCAACGACGAAGAUGAGGAGGAGGACGAGGAGGAGGAGGAGGAAGACGAUGGAGAAGAAGACGAAAAGGACGACGUUGCCAUUGCAGCCGCAUCGUCUGCUUGCCAGUCUGAGCAAGUAGAAUGCGAGUUGUUGUCCAGUCACGACAGCACCGCUUUGGCCAAUCCCUAUUUUGAUUGGUUUCUAUCGUGCAAUUUGCAAGACGACGAAGAGGAGGACAAGUUGGGCGCCAACGCGUCGCUGGCCGAAAGGAGGCCGUCCUCGAAAGUGUCUCACAGACCGGUGACGUCCGUCCGUCAAGAGGAGGACGAAGAGGAAGAAGAGCAUUUACAUCCGUCGCUCGAAGAUUUGCCUUACCCCAUUUUGCUGGACGAUUGGAUUUCGCCGCCUUCGCCACCGGCCGUCCCGUUGGAACACGACCGUCCGCCCGGUGCCAGUUCGAUGGAUCGCGAUCCGUUGACGGCGUUGCGCCACCACUCGAACUGGUUCGAAGAUUACGCCUAUCCGGCCUAUUCGAGCAAGUCGAGUCAGGCGGGCGGCGCUGGGGGCAGUAGCAGCAAAUCAUCGAAUCGAUUGUCCGCUAACGCUGGAACGCUGGCCGCCACGUCGGUCGGCAGCAGCCGCAUGAUGGCCGAAAAGGCCUACCCGUACGUGUCGUCUCCGGCCGCAGCGUCGCGACACAGCAACACGAAAUACCAUCAAGGCACGACGUCGUCCUAUCACCUCGAUCCGUACGAUGCGCUCUACGACGAAGCGGCCUAUCAGGUGCCGGACGCUGGAUCGGGAAGCAAACUUGCAUCGUCUACUGCUACUGGCAAGCCCUCUACGUCGAAUAUCAUUCCGGUGCCAUUAUCAUCGUCGGCGUCGUCGUCGUCUGGCAAUAAUAACAGCGAACGCGGAGUCCAUCCGGGACCCGAAUCCUUUCCUGGCGUGGAGCCCGGCACGCGCCCUACCGGUUGCCAUGGAUACGGCACAACGUCUACCGCUACUACCACCACCACCAGCGCAACUGGUAGUAGCAAGAUACCACUGGCGUCUUCGACGACGGCCGUUGGCCAAUCGUCUGCUAAUUCAUCGAACCUCAUUACCCGAACGAGUUCCCGUGCCCCGUCGGUGGAGGACGACGAAGACGGACAUCUUCUUUACCGAAAUGGCGACAUCCUGCAGAAUCGAUAUCGAGUGCUGGCCACCCUGGGCGAAGGCACCUUUGGUAAAGUUGUCAAAGUCAAAGACGUGACCAAAAUCAGGGAUGAGAGCUUCGCCUUAAAGAUCAUCAAGAACGUGGAGAAAUACCGAGAGGCAGCCAAACUGGAGAUCAACGUGCUGGAGAAAUUGGAUCGUAAGGAUCCCGAAGGCAAAUUCUUGUGCGUCAAGAUGCUGGACUGGUUCGAUUAUCACGGCCAUAUGUGCAUCGCCUUUGAAAUGCUCGGCCUUUCCGUUUUCGAUUUUCUGAAGGACAACAAUUAUCAGCCGUACUCGUUGGACCAGGUGCGUCACAUUGGCUACCAAUUGUCCUACGCCGUGCGAUUCCUACACGACAACAAGUUGACUCACACCGACUUGAAGCCCGAAAACAUUCUCUUCGUCGACUCGGAUUUCGACAUCUCCUACAACCCAAAAAAGAAAAGGGAUUACCGACGAGUGAAAAGAACGGACGUGCGGCUGAUCGAUUUUGGUAGCGCCACAUUUGACCACGAGCAUCACAGCACCAUCGUCUCUACGCGCCACUACCGAGCUCCCGAAGUGAUACUGGAAUUGGGUUGGACGCAGCCUUGCGAUGUCUGGUCGAUUGGAUGCAUCCUUUUUGAACUCUACUUGGGCGUCACUCUCUUUCAGACCCACGAUAAUCGUGAACAUCUGGCCAUGAUGGAGCGCAUUCUCGGUCCCAUUCCGUACAGGAUGGGCAGGAAGACAAAGACCAAGUACUUUUACCACGGCCGGCUCGACUGGGACGAGAAGAGCUCGGCGGGUCGCUACGUCCGCGAGAACUGCAAACCGCUGAAGCGCUACCAGGUGUCGGACGAAGAGGAUCACGUCCUCCUCUUCGACGUCAUCCAGCGGAUGCUCGAGUACGAGCCUUCGCAGCGGAUCACGCUGACGGAAGCGCUGAAACAUCCGUUUUUCGACAAGAUACCGCCACACCUACGGCUCGGCGCCGACCGAGUCGACCGCGAGCGCAGUCAUUCACUCUCCAGAUGACUGACGAUGUCAUCCGUGUGAUGUGGAGAAAAAAUUUAUUGAAAAUCAUUUUUGCCCUUUAUAAACUACCCAACCCCCCACCCCCUUACCUUUUUCUUUGACCUAUUUCCGCCCCUCUCCGUCGUCUACGUCUCUCUAAAUAAUAAUAAUUUUUAUUAUUUUUUUUUUUUUUUAUGUUUCGGUCUGCGUUGUCUAUCGUUCAUCACUUUGGUAAGCUGGACAACGGGUUGGAAUUACACAGAUAAAAAGGAGGCUUACGAAAUGCUUAGCAAAAAAAAAAACAAGAGACGCAAUGAAAAAAAUUAAUGUUUAUUCCUUUUUGGACCUUGAAUUCUUUCCCCCCACAUCUUUUUCUUGUUUAGGAAACACAAUGAGUUUUUUUUUUUAAAUUAAUUAUUUGCAAAUGCAUCGUCAAAAUGGCGACGUUUGUUUCCGUGUGUGUGCGUGCGUGUGUGUGUGUAAAAGCCCCGACGAGCCAAACGCGACAAUGAAAGGACAUCAUACAAGAAAAUGAUGAUUCGAAUAGUUCGGAAAAAGAAGAAGAAAAUGAACUCCUUGUCUUGGCCUUGUUUGCGCGUAUCUCUCGUCGAUAUGCUGGGUAGGAGAGAACGCCUUCCUCGACGUGGAUAUCGUGUUUCCUCCUUCACUUGCCCUCUUCCAUCCCUUCGUACAACUAAAAGAAAAAUAUCGAAAUGACUACUCGUCUUUCUACCAAAUUCUUAUUAGCACUUCUUUCACUUAUAUUGUGUUUUUUUUUUUUUUCCUUGCCAGUCCUUGAUUUAGUCAUGAACUGUAGCUAAUUAGAUAAUGCCACUUCCAAAACUUUUGUUUAUUAUUUUGUUUUCUUACCUUUUUGGUUCUGCGCUGGAAAGAAAAAAAAAAAAGAUGUUCACUGACGUUGUUUUCCUUAUUAUCAUUUUCUUUUUUUGUUUCUUUCCUCGCGUGUUUGUGUCACGUCAUCUUACAACUUCCCCAUGCUGUUUCCUCGUCGACGACUAUGAAUAAUAACUGAGCAAACAUUUGAUGAAUAAAUACAUGGAAAAUCGAAUGA